CGAAAUGACAGUUCUGUACAUGUAUACUGGAUAUUUACUUUAAUAAUUUUAUUCUUGAGGUUUACCUUCCCUUUUUUAUAGUUAUUGGGGAUGAAAUGAAUUUGUGUUUGACAUAAAUGUAAUAAGUAUAUAAAAACUGAAUUUUUCUGGAACGUCACAAAUUUUGCAAAUAAGCUGGGCAGCCCAGUGUACCCUGUACACAGCACAGCUAUACUUUCUUCCUCUAAAUCUAACAAGCAGCUUUGCCGUAUAACACAAAUAGGAAAAAAAAGGGGGAGGGUCUUUGGAUGCAGCCAUCUCCAAGACAGGAAGGGGAAGAUCUAGUUGACGUCCUUGGGUGCGAGGUUAGAAUCACAAGGAAGAAUGCAUGGGGAAGUGUGUGGUUUGUGACGUCGAGACAAAGUGAAAAACUGACAGUGGGUGGGACAGAGCCAGCAGAAUCAAAACAAGGAGACACGCCUUCUAAUCCUGCUUAGAAGCACAACUGCCCUGAGUACCUCGAGCAAAGGCAGACAGCAUACACACUUGAUCUAAAACUUCAUUUGCUGUGAGGUCUGCUUCUUUGAAGAGCCCGUCAAGCUUAACAUUCUCUCCCACCCAGUCUUUUUCCUGAGCACCAUGCAGGCCAGUGGUUUGAGCAGCUGAAGUCAAUGUGCCAUGCCUAACGUAAAAACGAAUAAGGGUAAGAAGAAUAAACGGGCUAACAGCAGUGGCGAUGAACAGGAAAAUGGAGCUGUUGCAUCUGCAGGUGCAACAGGAGGAGGCCUGGGAGCAGCUAGUGGAGGAGCAGGGGCACAAGCAUUAAUAAAUGCAUCGUCGGCUGCCUUUUCUCAUGCAUCAGCUGCGCCUUCAUGUGAGAGCAAGAAUGAUGCAGCAUGUGCAACCCCACUUAUUUGUAGCAUCGGUAGGCCGGUGGAUCUAGAGAAGGAUGAUUACCAGAAAGUCAUCUGUAAUAAUGAGCACUGUCUUUGCAGUACCUGGAUGCAUCUACAGUGCUUCUUUGAAUGGGAGAGCAGCAUUCUAGUCCAGUUCAAUUGUAUUGGUAGAGCACGCAGCUGGAAUGAGAAGCAGUGUCGCCAGAACAUGUGGACUAAGAAGGGUUAUGACCUAGCUUUCCGUUUCUGCUCAUGCCGGUGUGGACAGGGCCACUUGAAGAAGGACACAGACUGGUACCAAGUAAAACGAAUGCAGGAUGAAAAGAAAAAGAAAUCUGCAACAGAAAAGCUCUGUGGUAGAUCCACAUCAGAAUCUUCUGAUGAAGUUAAGAAGUGUAGAGGCACUGUCAAAUCUCAGAAGGGAUUGACUUUUGACCCUCCUCGUAGGCACUCAGUGGACAGGCAGAACUCCCAAGAGAAAAGUAUAAGUGGAGGUGCUCAUAUUCUUCGUUCUCCUUGCGUUUCUCCUGGCCAGUCUCCUCCAGCUGGACACCCUUUACUUUCUCCUUCUAAUUUCAGUGUUCCUCGUAGCACCAGAUACUUAGGUGAAUUUUUAAAGAAUGCAAUCCAUUUGGAGCCUCACAAGAAAGGCAUGGCUACAGGAGGUGCAAUCAGGAAUUCUCAUUAUGACUACAGUAUGCCUGGACUGCAGACCCACAGGUCUAUGCGAUUGGAUGCACCAGUACAGUUCCUUCAAAGGCUUGACCUGUCUGAACUUUUAGCUCAUAUACCACGGCAUAAACUGAAUACUUUCCAUGUACGUAUGGAAGAUGAUGCCCAAGUUGGGCAGGGUGAAGACCUUCGCAAAUUUAUUCUCUCGGCUCUCAGUGCAAGUCACAGAAAUGUAGUAAACUGUGCAUUAUGUCACCGGACACUCCCUGUGUUCGAGCAGUUCCCUCUGGUGGAUGGGACAAUGUUUCUCAGCCCAUCCAGGCAUGAUGAAAUUGAAUAUGAUGUCCCUUGCCAUCUGCAAGUACCAACAUGGAGCCACCUAGCUCUGGAAAGGGGUCACAGUCUAAAAGUCCCAGAAGCUUCCUUUGAUCUGGUCAGACUUUCAGCAUGAUCUGUGGCAAUUUCAGUGGCAUCAAGAAGAGCUUUGUGUCUUAAAUCAUGGAUGGUGGAUUCUGCAUCAAAAUCAUUUGUGCCAGUUGGCCUUUGAUAGAGUUAUAUUGUUUGGAGAAAAUUCCAAGGUAGAUUAUUAAAGCUCUCCUUUGAGACCAAAUAGUAUUCCAGAUCUAGGAAAGCCUUUGGAAAGCAAUCACAUUGGAAAUCCUCUUGUGGAGAUAUUUGCCAGUCCAAUAAGAAGAAUUCCUCUUUCCCCACUUCUUUUAGAAAUUCACAAUGAGAUUUAGCAGACUCAGACUGUGAGGGUAGGGGCAAGGCUAGCCCUUUUCCAACAACUUUGAUCCUCAAAUAUCAAGAAUUCUUAGGAGAGUUCCAAAGACAAUGUUUUUCAUAAUAUGGUUAUUCCAAAGAUUCCCUAUGCAGAAGUCAUAUUUCGGAAAUAUCUUGACCACCUCAAAGUUUCAGGUGCAAUGGAGCCUAUUCCAGACUCUCUGUAGAGUUCAAAUUUCACUAACUGUUGUUUGUGAAGAAAGCAUCAGGAGCAUUCAAGUCAGUUGAAGACACCUCAAAAUAUUUCGUUCUGUGCAAAUUGAGUCUUUGGCUUAAAUUAUUUUAGCAGUCCCAUCUGAUUGAUCGUUAGUAAACCUCAACCAAAAAGAUUUACCUUCACAAGCCACACAGGAAGUUCCUAUAUUUGGUGACCAGCAUGUAUCUUUCAUCUGCCUCCUCUUCAGACACUUAUGCCUCCCCAAGAACAUUUUCCAAGGUUCUGGUAACCAACAUAGCUGCCUUGAGAGAGGUACAAUUUCCAGCUUACUAUCAUCUAGAUGACAUUCUGCACAGAGGAGGAAGCUGUAAAGAACAAAGGCAAAAUUCUCAUAGGUUGGGUCAUAAACUGCUUAGUUCCAACUCCGUGUCUUGUCAGGGACAUGACUACAUGAAUACAGCUGUACUAAGACAGCAGGGGAUUGGAGGGGAGGGGGUGCUUUUUAGUAUAGUUUAUUCUUCUUGUCCAGCGAUCGUAAAGCGUAUGUUGUGAAUGCUGUCAUGCAGAGUGACUUGGAAACAGAAAUUACGUUUUUUUUGUUGUAUCUGAAGCUGUUCUGUCCUCCCUACGUAUUACCCUGGGGCAGUGUGUAGUUCGA